AAAUUUAAAAGGGCUUCCAAAUGUCCUUCAAACGUGUCUGGGGCUGAUUACGGGGCUUGGGGUGUUUUUCAGUGCGUGAGAGGCCCUAAGAGGAAAGUGUCGUGUGGAGGUGCAAUAUGAAAAAAUUCCGAAAGAAGCGUCCUGCAAAAAGAAAGGAAACCUCGAGGGAGUGACCCAUCGAGAAGAAGAGUUAAAACUGCAAACGGGGGCGUUCCUCAGGCAGAGGUGACUCUCAAGGUCGCAGGUCUUCCCAGUUUCGAGGACCGACGGUAGAAACAAUGAAGAUUGGACCUCAGAGACCCAUUCCAAAGGUUACUGUGGACCUGAUUCAGUCUAGGAGGAAGGAACUGACAAGGCCGAGAAUUAAGAUUUGAGUAAAUACUUCGUACGCUGGAGGUGCUCUACCAUCCACCCUGGCGAACAAGGGCGAGACCUCGGCAAUGCAGCAGGGCAAGGAGGGCUCUGUUGGGUCCAACACCCAAGAGACCCAUCAGUAUGUUGGGCCCUACCGUCUUGAAAAAACCCUGGGCAAGGGUCAAACUGGCCUGGUCAAACUGGGGAUCCACUGUGUGUUGGGGAAAAAGGUGGCCAUUAAGAUCAUUAACCGCGAGAAACUUUCUGAGUCCGUUUUAAUGAAGGUGGAACGCGAGAUUGCCAUUAUGAAACUCAUCGACCACCCUCACGUCCUCGGUCUUUCGGACGUGUACGAGAACAAGAAGUAUUUAUAUCUGGUUCUGGAACAUGUCUCGGGAGGUGAACUCUUCGACUAUCUCGUGAAAAAAGGCAGACUAACGCCUAAGGAGGCCAGAAGGUUUUUUCGACAAAUCAUUUCUGCGUUAGACUUUUGCCAUAGUCAUAGUAUAUGUCAUAGAGAUUUGAAACCUGAAAAUUUGUUAUUGGAUGAGAAGAAUAAUAUUAAAAUAGCGGACUUUGGAAUGGCGUCCUUGCAACCUGCUGGUUCGAUGUUGGAAACAAGUUGUGGAUCGCCUCAUUAUGCCUGCCCCGAAGUCAUUCGGGGUGAAAAAUAUGAUGGUAGGAAAGCGGACGUAUGGUCUUGUGGUGUGAUACUUUAUGCUCUUCUUGUCGGUGCUUUACCUUUUGAUGACGAUAACUUAAGACAACUUUUGGAAAAAGUCAAACGAGGGGUGUUUCACAUACCACACUUUGUUCCACCCGAUUGUCAAAACCUUCUCAGGGGAAUGAUAGAAGUUAAUCCGGAUAAGAGACUAACGCUCGCCGAGAUAAAUAGGCAUAUAUGGGUGACAGCAGCUGGAAAAGGAGAACUGGAAUUAGAACUCUCAAUGAUGGAUGUGGUACAAACACACGUGAUUCCGUCCGAGGACGCCAUUGAUCCUGACGUUUUGUUGGCCAUCGCCAGUCUCGGAUGUUUUAAGGAAAAGGAAAAACUUAUCAAAGAGCUCCUUAGUCCAAACCACAAUACAGAAAAGGUAAUUUACUUCCUCCUGCUCGAGAGAAAAAGGAGAAGGCCAGCCUGUGAGGAUGAGCUGGAAGUAAUGAGAGGCGGAAUGAGAGCCUCAGCAACACAAUUGGAGUCAGAUCCUCCAAGGAAAAGGAUUGAUACUUGCCGAGUGAAUGGCAGUGCGGCCCUGAACUUGGGACAAAUCAGCCAUGGUUCACCCCUCACUCCAAGAAGGCAAUCCAGGAAUUUGAAUUGCAGCACAAGGCAUCAUGCCAGACGAUCGCCAAGUACGGGAUCACAUACUCACGCUUCACAUUCGCACGCAUCGACUCCAGGAGGAUCCCCUCUGCAUACGCCUAACUUCGCAAACCUUUUGAGUCCUCACAGACCCGUUCCAAGUUCACAUCAUGGACAAUCGGGAAGUCCUCACAGGUUAUCGAACGUUGGUACUACGAGCGGAAAUGGCAGUCCGCCUCAAGGAAUACCAACUCUCGUUCCACCCCUCGCUAGCGUUGGAAUUGAGCUGAGUGAAGUUCAACCUGUCAUGGCAGUGGGUGUAACACCUCCAGGAUCUCCUCACACAGGAGCAGGCUCUGGUGCUCAUCAUUGGAGAUCACGUUUAACAACAAUAAAGAAUUCUUUCCUAGGAAGUCCGAGAUUUCAUCGACGUAAAUUACUCACCAGCACCGAGGAGGUACAUUUGACACCAGGUUCCUCCCCGGAGUUAACGAAAAAAUCCUGGUUUGGCAGUUUAAUGGCAACCGAAAAGGACGAGACAUUUACGGUAUUAGUAAAAGGAAAGCCAUUGGCUAGCGUAAAAGCUGACCUAAUUCACGCCUUUUUAUCUAUAGCGGAAUUGUCCCAUAGUGUGAGUUCACCAAUGUCCUUUAGUGUGGAAUAUAAACGUGGUAGCACGGGACCAGCAAUGUUUCAGAGACAAGUACGCUUUCAGGUUGACAUUAGUGCCAUUUCAAAGCAGCCUAGCGAACCUCUCUAUGCUAUUACAUUUACACUCCUAAGUGGCAAUAUUCGAAGAUUCAGAAGAGUCUGUGAGCAUAUUCAAUCCCAGGUUUGUUCGAGGAAUGCCGGCUUUAAUUUAAGUAACCAAAGUAGUAGAGCAGCGCCUCCAAGUCCCAGGGCUUCUCGAAAAUUUGCAACCGAAAUGAGUGAAAGUUCGAGCUGUGGGAGCGAUACGAGCGAAAGACUCUUUGUCAGCCCGCAUCCUGCUACCAGACAGGUAGUCUGUUUCAACAAGAUUGAUUCAGAUCUUGAGUCGGAAUCAUCAGUUUUUGAUGUCAAGUCUCCAACUCGGGAAAAUGGAAGGAGAAGUUCGACUUCAACGAACAACAAUAUCCCUCUUUCGGAUGAAAUUACACCUACGCCUGAUGACAGUCCACCAAAGGCUGUUCGAAGCAAUUCUGAAAGUCAAAAUACACCAGAAAAAAAGUGCGUGACGACGAUGAGUGGCAGCAACAUAGCGUGAUACUAUGAGAACCUCCGUUUUGAAUUUCGAUCCAGUUUUAGGAAUUUGUGGGACAGCACUCAACGAUUUUAUGGUGAUUUGCUAUGAGAUAUAUGGCAUCGGAGGUCUUCCGGUUCGUGAGAAGAAAUUGUGUGGUGUUUUUUUUUUCAAAUCGUUUUCCUGCCAGUAGUGAACCUGGACGUUAAAUUCGUCACUUGAAGCCCAUGGACUUCUUAGUUUUUAAUGUGAUGGUUGGAUCGAAAGUGCACGUGAUCAAAUGACAUUGACAAAAAACUUGACUGCCAAGUAGAUAAUUCAAUUAAUUUUAACGUCGGUCUACUGUUUUAUAUAACUGAUUAAACCCUUUAUGAGAAAUCGAGCAAGAUUAUCUAAUUCGAGUAAUUUAAUCAAAAUGAUCACUGAUCAAUUAAUUAAGGCGGAUAUUUGCAUUAUCAUAGUUUUGGGUUUUUUUUGCGAUUUGGAGAUUUAGUUAAAUCGCUGCUAUCUCAUUGGUCGAAUCAAUUCUCGUUAGAUAAGAAUUUUUCCUACUUUUCUUUCGCCGAAAGGACAAUUUCCAAUCUCUUCAAAAAAACCUGGAACAAAAAAGUCACAUUAUAUUUUACGUAAAAUUAAAAUCAUGCUCUGUUUCUCAUACAGUGUCGACUUUAAGAGUUCGACCCUGUUUGCUGCGAGAACACCUAAUUAAUUAACAACAGAGAGAACAAUAAAAUUGCAACAGAGAGAACAA